AUGUUCUUUGAAACGCAAAACGAGGACAACUUCGAGCAUUUUGUUAUGAACGUUUACGACUAUGUGCUGUUCUCCAUCGGAGGCUUCGUGAACUUCUUUAUCAACAUUCAACAGAAGUACAACAACGUGCUCUACGUCUUAAAGAUCCAGAACGUGCACAAGAUCCUCAAAUUGGACGAGACUUGUUUCAAACGUUCCAUUAUAUACAGCUGGGUCUGUGUGAUCGCUAUAAACUGUUUCCAUGUCUGCUGGACGUUAAUUUACUAUUUUUGUUUCAAUGACAUUGAUAUACUCAACACAUUGGCUGCGUAUGCGAACAUUCGCUUCGACGUGAACUUGAUUUACGCCACGUGGUGCUUGAGGCUAAUGACUGAGUCUCUCAAAUUUUGGACGUAUGGUCUGCAGAAUUCUGCUUACACCAAUGAUGCACUGGAUAACAAGCACUGGUACAACACCAUGUUUGGGUGCUACGUAGAUAUUACUGAAAAUUUCCAAAUAGUUGAGAAGACUUUCCAGCAUGUGUACACCUUCCUAACUUUUUCAUCGCUUACAUGGGUCAUAAAGAAUCUCCUAAUAAUAACAUUUCUGUGCGUGGAGAGUGAGAAGUACUACUCGGGAAUCAAACGAGUUGAGAACGCAUGCUCACAGAUGACUACUUCAGUAAGGAGUUCAGAAAACCAUACAAACUUCUCAAAUAACGAUCUCAGGCUCACUGUCCGAUCAGAACUAAACGAACAAAGAGCUGCCAGAUCAUCACAGAUGAGGUCUAGUAGAGCCGAUGUCCAGUCGGGGUUGCGCAUGUUGUCUCGCCGAUCGGAUCGGAGUAAGAGUAGGAACGAGUUGGCUUUUAUCACGCCGCUAGACGCGCCGUUGGACAGCGCGCUGUUGGACAGCGCGCGUUUGAACAGCGGUGCACCAUAAAACGACAUUAGUACGUCGCGUUUCGCUGCUGACAGUCGUGUACAAACAGAUACAAAAUGAACGGCAAUGCGGUUAGAGUACUGGCUAUUUACUUUUUAUGGAAAAAAAGGCAACAAAAACGUCGAAGAACAGUAGGUGUUGAUUUCACACAAUUCACACAAUUCCUUUCCAAUUUCUUCCCAGGCUUUAUUUUUUGCGUCCUUAUUCUUAUAAAAAUCAUCGGUCGGGUCCCAUAAACAUCUUCUAAUUCGCACUUCGUCAAUUACUCGACCCGUAUCGAUGUGAUUCAUUUUGUACACAACAGUACCUAACGGCACGUCUCAACGGCGUGAGACUAAAACGCACAAUGGCCGUAGAAGCGCACGAGCGGCGCGCGCUUCGACCGCGCCGCGCGAAUAGGACGCGUUCAACGAACGGCGCUGCUCAAGCGCGCGAAUUUGAAACGCUACUAAUACCCCAAUACAUAUCCGAGCGCGCGCGCUCCGACGGCGCUGCCGAAACGCGUGACUGUAAAACCAGC